AUGACUGCAGACUGCAGGGGGACCCCCCGAGGCCCCGGGGGCACUCUGCGCGAGGGGGGGGGCCCCCCCACGGGCCCCCUUCUUCUCACCGAAGACCCCCCCUCUCCAAGACCCAAUGAAAUCCGCUACAUCCCCUCGCGCUUCGUAGACACGCCGCGCAGCAGCGCAGCAGCAGCAGCAGCAGCAGCAGCAGCAGCAGCAGCGAGGCUGCCCUCUUCUGCCCCCAACUCCGCGCGACAGCCUCCUCCGCCAGUCCCCCGUGUUCCCAUCAAUGUGCUGGGGCCCAGCAGCAGCAGCAGCAGCAGCAGCAGCAAGAGCGCGGCCGGACCUAGUGCGCCCCGGGCGCUGCAGCCUCACUACGUCGGACCUGCAGCAGCAGCAGCAGCAGCAGCAGCAGCAGCAGCAGGCGCGGCGCCUGCAGCAGCCCCCCUCGC